UAUGCUUCUGUUUUUCCCGGAGACUCUGGCCAUCCUCUCAGACACAGGGGAACCUCAAGGAGAGCUGACCAUUGAGGUGCAGAAGGGCAAGUACAGGGACGACCUGGGGAUCCUGACCCACUGCCUACUGGUUCACGCCUCCAGCCGCGGCUUCCUGGACAAGUCACUGUGUGGAAGCUCCCUUCUAGGCUACCUAAACAAUAAUCUGGAGCUAAUGGAACAGCACAGCCAGGAGUUCAUCAAGUUUCCCAUCCUCCCCAUGGAAAGGAAGGUGAGCGUCCUGAAGCAGCAAGACCAGUUUGUUGUGACCAGAAGUGUCAAGGAGGGUGAGGAAACGAAGACAGGAGUCUCCGUUUUCCCGUGUAAAACCCUCAAGGGCUUCAUCUCCAGCGCGGCCAACGUGGUGCUGCUGAGAGUGAUGGCCUGGCGGCAGUCGGUGCCCACCGGCGCCCGCUUCCUAGCCCUGGACACGGAGGGCAAACUCUGCUAUUGCACCUAUAAAUCCCUGGGUUUCCAGGCAAUCCACGUGGGCAACCAGCAGGCUGAAAUGUUCAUCGUGGAGCAGACCAUACACUCUGAGGAGGGCAUCCCUUUCUCCUGCCAGUUCUAUUUGCUCUCUGACGGGCACCUGGCUAAGAGAGUCCAGGUGGGCUCUCCAGGCUGUUGUAUCAUCACCAAGAUGCCCCUCAUAAGGGAGGAGGAUGUGAUUGAGUCUCCGCCCACGUUUGAUCAGAAGCCCCUGGUGUGGGAGGAAGACCUGGAGCUUUACUCGAGAUUCCUGGACCGGAAGGAGCAGCUGCGCCUCAGCCACACCAGCUAUCUGCGGCAGCACCCCGAGGCCCAAGCGCUGGUUUCCGACUUCCUGCUGUUCCUGCUUCUCCGCCGGCCUGAGGACGUGGUCACUUUCGCCGCCGAGCACUUCGGGCCCUUUGCAGCACUGCGAUCGCCUAUCCCAGCCCUGAGAUCCUCACACCAGCCUAGCCCUUUCCGCACUCUGGAGUACGAGGAGGAGGAGGAGGAGGAAGAAGAGGAAGAGGAGGAGGAAGAGGAGGAGGAGGUGGAGAUACAGGGGGAGGGGGAGGAAGAAGAGAUACAGGGUGAGUACUUGUACAUUGGGGGGGAUGAAGACUUCGAGGACAACAUCUACUAUGAAAAUUACUAUGACAACUACGAAGAAGUUGACAAUUAUGAUGAUGACGACAACUACGAUGAUGCCGACAAUGACGAUGUUGACGACAAUGACGACGUUGACAAUUACGAUGAUGACGAUGAUGAUGAUGAUGAUGUCGUUGACGACAAUGACGACGAUGAUGUCGACGACGUCAGAGCCAAAGUCGACAACGUCAAUGUCGACAAUGACAACGAUGAUAACGAUGAUGUCGACAAUGACAACGCCGAUGACAACAACAACCAGGGUUAGGAUCUCGAAAAGGACCAGGUGGGCAGCUGGAAGCGGGAGACUGGGAUUGACUGGGGCUGCAGCUUCGGUGGGAGAUAAGCAGGGUGUCUCCGGAUGCUACUGUGCCAGCAGGGACUGUAUUACACCAGCUCCUUAUCAAAAAAGGGAGGCUUUAAUUUCAUUUACCCAACGAGUUUCAUGUUUUCUUCCUAGAGUCUAUUUUCACAGUUAUGGCCAUUUCAGAGUAAAUAAAAUUAAGACCUGUGGCCAGA